AUGGCUUCUUCGCAAAGAGACCAGAAAGACGACAAACAGGAAAUGGAUGAUGCCCAACAAGCACUGGAAAACCUGAGGGGACUGUCACUGGAGGAGCGGACCGAGUUAGGGAUGCUACGCUCCAGGAUAGAUGAGCAGUCCAACUUGAUCUGUAUGUUAAAGCAGCGGGCCGAUGAGUUGCUGCAUCGCUGUCAGGCUCUAGAGCAGGCCAACACCGAGCUGAGGAACAUGCAAGUCAACAUGAAAAUGGACUUGCAGAAUGAACAGGAGAAAUCCGAACAUCUGGAACAGAGGUUCAUGGACCUUGCUGCCAAUCACAAAGAGAUGAUCAUUUUUAAAGAUGAAUACAAGGAAAAGAAUACUGAACUCAUGCUGGAGAACGAGAAACUUCGAGAGGAGAAUGAAAAGUUGUUCAGCCCAGAUCUGGAAUUGAAAAAGGAGACCAUUCACAAACUCUCCCAACAGCUGAGUGACCUCACUGAAGAACACAGACGCUCAGAAAAAGAUAACCAGGAGAAAGAGACUUCUUUGUUAGAGAAACUGCAAAAAUCUCAGAUAGAGCUAAAAAAUGCAGUUGACAUGCACACAGAAAUGGUUUUAAAACUCAGUCAAAUUCAGGAAAAAGUUACAAUGAAGGAAACAAGGUUUGAAGCCCUUAAAAAGGAGAAGGAUGAACUACUCGAACUGUCCACGCAAAGAGAAAAAGUUAUGCAGGAACAACAAGAGGAAAUUCAAGAGUUGAAAAAGAAGAUGGAGGAGGCAGAAAAUGCGAAAAAGGAAGCAGAAGAAAGGUUUGAAAAAGAAUCUGCUGCAGUGAAUACAGACCUGAGAGUACUGCAGCUUGAGGAUGCUGUCAAGAAAGCAGAACAGGAGUUUGAGGCAUAUAAGAAGUACAGCAGUGACUUGUUGUCACAGGAAAAGGAGUUAAAUGAGAAACUUCGCCACAUGGUUAGCUGAAGUCUCUAUCCAGCUACAUAUUUUUAAAAUAAUUAUUUUCUGUCUUAAAUUGUGUUUAUGUGCAUGUGUGUGACAGAGGGAGGGAGAGAACUAUGUCAUAUUGAUAAAUACUUAGGAAAAGGAACCUCUAGAGGGCAAUAACAUUGUUUCUUCAACAGUUUCAGUUGGGUCUAUAAGUAUUAGAACAAUGACAAUAUUUGCACCACCAAGGUUUUUCAAAUGCAGCAAUCAGGACUUUAGAUAUCUUAGACUUUCAGCUUUAAUAUAAGGAGUUUAACAAAAAAUAUUGGAUUAAAUAAGGCUUAGCAGUAAUUGGACAAACCAACAUAAUUAUAAAUGUGAGUUUUAUUUUUAAUACAAAUGGAUGCAAAGACUCUGCAGUUGAUAAAUGUCCCUCUCUUAAAUGUCUGUUUUGUGUUUUUAGCCUAAUGAUGAUCACAUGCAUUUAGACAUAAUGAUGACCCCCUUCACUUGCAAUUAGGCAUAAGGAUGACCUCCCUUACUUGCAUUUAGGCAUAAUGAUGACCUCCUACACUUGCAUAACCUCCUUUCACUUGCCUGUGAAAAUGAAGGGACUUUGUAAAAAUGGCUGUAAUUUUGGUGGUAAAUUCCUUAAAUUAAAGCUGAAAGUCUUCCAAAUACUUAUGGACUGACUGUAUGUGUUUAGAUAAUGGUUUAGGUAAGACUUAAUUUGUGUAAGCUACCAAAUAUAUGCUCAAAAUCAGCUUACUAUUUGACAGGAGAUAAUAUGAAAAAUCAUAUGAUGCAGGUCAAAUGACAAAACCUUCACACUGACUAGUUAGAAAAGGCUGACUUGGGCCUCCGAGUGGCGCAGUGGUAAAG